GCCAAAGUCCAGGGAACGGCACAGGAGUGCAAAUAGGAAGAGGCUGGAGAGACGCGAGGCACAAGCACUGACUGAAGAAAGACAACAACACACAUGCACCCUGAUAUAUAUAUAUAUGUACCCCAAACUCGCAGUAUGUAACCCAUACGUGUAACCUACUCACAUACACACCCUGAUACCCACACACACACACACACACAAGCAUUUGCACAAUUACUCAGACAUACAGGGAAAUGCCCCAAGGUGGAAAGAGCAAGAUCUGCGACAAGGUAACAUCUCUCUUCUUGAGUUUUUGCACCAGAGACAAUAUGGAAGACACUAUGAGGAAACACAUUCAGUCUCUAAGUGUAUUCCAGUGGGUGCUAACCUUUCUACUGAUGGGAAUUACCUUUACCAUCUUGCUCAUAUACAUGCUGUUCACCUCAUUGUGGCUGAUUCCUGUUGUCUACUUCACUUGGUUACUGCUUGACUGGGAAACCCCCGAAAGAGGGGGUCGCAGGGUAGAGUGGGUGAGAAGAUGGCCCAUAUGGGUGCAUUUCAGAGAUUAUUUUCCUGUAAAGCUGGUGUCAUCUGCCCCGCUCAGCCCAGACAGAAAUUACAUUGUUGGCUGCCACCCCCAUGGGAUUAUGGCAUCUUCUUCCUUUUGUAACUUUGCCACUGAGGCCGGCGGGUUCUCCCUGUUAUAUCCCGGGGUCAGGCCAUGGUUGGCCAUUCUUGCCGGACUCUUCAGGAUGCCCUUGUACCGGGAUUAUCUUAUGUCUGCAGGCAUGGUGCCAGUAAGCAAGGACAGCCUACAGUACCUCCUCAGCCGCUGCGGAUCCGGUAAUGCCGUCUUCAUAGUAGUGGGCGGAGCUGCGGAGUCCCUGCAGAGCAUUCCAGGAAAGCACUCGGUGACACUGAGUGGACGGAAGGGGUUUGUUAGGCUGGCUCUGCAGAAUGGGGCGGAUCUGCUGCCGGUUUAUUCCUUCGGGGAAAAUGAAUUAUACGAGCAGGUCUGUUUGUCGCCGGACUCGUGGGGAUGGCGGCUACAGCGGCUCUUCCAGAAACACGUGGGGUUUGCCCCUUGCCUCUUCAAAGGGAGGGCGGUGUUUAGCGAGAGCGGGUGGGGCCUCAACCCCUUCCCUCGCCCAAUCACCACCGUGGUGGGACGGCCAAUCCGCGUCACUCACAGCCCGGUGCCGUCGGAGGAGGAGGUGGAUCACUAUCACGCGCUGUAUAUGCAGGGACUGAAGGAUCUUUUUGAUGAGAAUAAAAUCUCCUGCGGACUCGCUGAGAGUGACACGUUGGAGAUCCUCUGAGCCUUCUGCGCAGCCCCCUCGCACCCCCCAUAAUACAAAGGACCAUGGGAGCUGUAUUUCCCCAGUACUGCGGGGCUGCCCCCUGGCUUGUUUCUUACUGCACCCCAACAACUGGAAUGUUAUUAAUCCCAGAGACAUGUUUCUAGAAAAGGCUGUUGAUUCUGGCAAGGAAUGGGUUAACAAAAUGGUUGAAAAGAUUCCUCAGGAGGGGGGGGGGGGGGCUGCAGGGUGUGGAACUGACUUGCUUAGAAACAAUGGUCACAUGAACUGCUGGGGGUUACGGAGGCAGCUGUUAUUAAAGGGUUAGGGGUGGUGAAAGGUAAACAAGCAAUGCUGUCCCCAACUGCAGGGAGAAUGGUGCCCUCCCGCCUGGCCUCUGGCUUUGGUGCCCCCCUGCCUGGCCUAUGGCUCCAGUGCCCUCCUGCCUGGCCUCUGGCUCUGGUGCCCCCCUGCCUGGCCUCUGGCUCUGGUGCCCCCCUGCCUGGCCUAUGGCUCCAGUGCUCCCCUGCCUGGCCUAUGGCUCCAGUGCCCUCCUGCCUGGCCUAUUGCUCUGGUGCCCUCCUGCCUGGCCUCUGGCUCCGGUGCCCUCCUGUCUGGCCUCUGGCUCCGGUGCCCCCCUGCCUGGCCUAUGGCUCCGGUGCCCUCCUGCCUGGCCUCUGGCUCCGGUGCCCCCCUGCCUGGCCUCUGGCUCUGGUGCCCUCCUGUCUGGCCUCUGGCUCCGGUGCCCCCCUGCCUGGCCUAUGGCUCCGGUGCCCUCCUGCCUGGCCUCUGGCUCUGGUGCCCCCCUGCCUGGCCUAUGGCUCCGGUGCCCUCCUGCCGGCCUAUGGUUCCGGUGCCCUCCUACCUGACCUAUGGCUCCGGUGCCCUCCUACCUGACCUAUGGUUCCAGUGCCCUCCUGCCUGGCCUAUGGCUCCGGUGCCCUCCUGCCUGGCCUAAUGCUCCAGUGCCCUCCUGCCUGGCCUAUGGCUCCGGUGCCCUCCUGCCUGGCCUAUGGCUCCGGUGCCCUCCUGCCUGGCCUAUGGCUCCGGUGCCCUCCUGCCUGACCUAUGGCUCCGGUGCCCUCCUGCCUGACCUAUGGCUCCGGUGCCCUC